AGGAACGAGAAGCUGUGAAUAUUUUGUUAUUGAUUCUUAAUGGGUGUGGAAGACGAAUGUUGUGUUACUUCGGAACUGGUUUGCGAGUCGGAGACGACGGUAGGUAAAGCAGAUGGAUUGGUUAAAUCUACAUUUUCAUUCGAAUUCCCGCGUGGAUUCGAUGAGAAUCAUGUUCUACGGCUGAAAGAAGGUCCACAGCGAGGCAUUGAUGAGGACGGUGAUCCAAUAAUUGAUCGCAAACAUCCCCAAACUUUCACCUUGAAAAUCGAACAUAGAACAACCACAACUUUGUCGUUGGUCGGCGAACAAGUGUGGAGAGGUGCGUUGCUGUUGUGCGAUUACAUACUUGCGAAUCCGAAAGAAUUUUCAGGGAAAAACGUCCUGGAAAUGGGGGCAGGAACUGGAAUUAGUUCCGUUGUGGCCUCCUUUUUGAGUGCAAACGUUAUUUGCACAGACGUCAAUCGAGGAGAGAUUCUGGAUCUGUGUAGAGAGAAUCUCAAGCGGAAUGAACUCUUUACGAAACCUGGUUGUCAUGUGGAAGUUUGUCCCCUUGAUUGGAUGGAUAUUGCCUCGUGGCGUGAUAAUGAAGCUUUUAAAAGCUGUGACGUUAUAAUCGCUGCUGAUGGUAAGUUCGUCAGUAUUUGGGUUUACAGUAGUUGAUUCGCUGUUGCUUUGACCUUUCGGA